CAGAAGCAGAGAUGACUGCUGUAUGGUUGGUAUAGGUCAGGGGUGGGCAACUGUGGCCCUCCCAGCUGUUGUAGAACUACAAGUCCCAUGAGGCAUUGCAAAAUUGACAGUUACAAGCAUGACUCCCAAAGGCAGAGGCAUGAUGGGACUUGUAGUUCACAAACAGCUGGAGGGCCACAGUUGCCCUCCCCUGGUAUAGAACUACAAGUCCCAUGAGGCAUUGCAAAACUGACAGUUACAAGCAUGACUCCCAAAGGCAGAGGCAUGGUGGGAUUUGUAGUUUACCAACAGCUGGAGGGCCACUGUUGCCCACCCCCUGG